AUGAUUGUCUCUGGCGUGGCCGCUGCCACCUUGGACUACCUCCACCACAACAUUGUGAGGUGGGUAGUCCACCGAGACAUAAAGACUAGCAAUGUGAUGCUAGAUGAGGAGUUCAGCGCCUGGCUGGGGGACUUCGGGCUAGUGCAGGUGGUGCAGUGCAGCAGUGGGAAGUUACACUACUCGACGGAGAUGGGAGUGGCCGACACCAAAGGGUACAUGGCACCGAAGUGCUACUUCACUGGCCACGCUGUGCCGAAGAUGGACAUGUAUGCGUUCGGUGAGUUCGCCAUGGAGGUCGCCUGCAGCCGACGAUCAAUGAGUUAUGUUGUCGACUUCGAAGACGACGACAACGACAUCUCUGCUGGAAAAAUAAUUGUGGGAGAAGAAAUGCACUCUACGUGGAAGAGGAGAAUAAGAAAAGAAAUGAAAUCCGGAGCUACUGGGAACCGCCCUCGUCCUCCGGUGACUAAUGAAGAUCCAAAUCUGGGAAACACCCUCGAGCUGGAUUGCGGCGGAGCAGAACCAACACUGCGGACUGGGAAACACCCUCGACCGCGCUCUGUGGCCUCGGACGAAGAUCGCCGGAGCUCGGGAAUCGCCGGCGAUGAAGAAGAAUUGCUCACUGAUUUGGAAUUUGGAACGGGGACUUCGGCGUCGCGGUAG